GAAUGUGAUUCAGUCAUUCGGUGCCGUACGGUAGUUGAUUAAUUUUAAAAUCACGUUCGGGAUGUCAAGUAACCGUGCGGCGGCGGUAAAAAUGUCCCAAAUAUCGUGAUGAAUAUUAAUCCUGUCAGAUUUGCGAUGACGGUGAAAUGAUUAUCAACGGACCGUUUAGCGUGUUGAAAAAAAAUCAUCUGAAAAUAGGGAAAUCUUCGUUGUUAAUCCAGUUUCCAGUUAAAUUUCCGGUAACCGUAUUGAAUCGGCGGCAACGGCGUGUGUCAUUCAUGUCAUCAUCGCCACCGUCGGCCCCCCGUGGUCAUCGAGCUAUAAAUAUAACAUCAAGAGGCAUUUAAAUUUGGACGCGUCAAGUUUCGGUCUGCCCGUUGCCGGUGAAAACAGGCCGCAGCAACAGGAGCGGAGCGGCUGCCGGAGUUCUAUUUUCAUACCGCGCGCAAUAAAUCUUCUCGUAGCAACCGAUUUGACGUGUCACCGUUAACUCGUUGCAUUGAUAUUAACACUGCUGGUACGGGUUGCCGGUAAACAAUACCGCCUUCAAGAUGGGGAUUCUCUUUUCCAGGUUUCGAAAAAAGAAGGCCACCUAUGAGGUCCUGGAGGAUCUUGAAACGAAAAUUCAGGAAAUUGAAGAAUACAGACAAAAUACCGAGCAGACGCACAAGAAGAUUGUCGGCACGCUGAUUAUCUACAGUGUGGCUCUUUACAUUAUUGCGGCACUCGUGUUCUAUUUCUACUUCUUCCCAGCCGCUCUCUAUGAUCAAAUAUUCUAUAUGAUUCCACUACUCACCUUUCCAAUAUUGAUAUUAUUUAUAAAAAAUUUAGUAUCCUGGUACUACAAACGAAAAAUAUCUCGAAACCAGACCAAACUCACGAGUAUGCAGCAGGAGAAAAAGAAAAUUUUGGACGAAGUUGUCGAAACUGAAACAUAUAAAAAAGCUAAGGAGAUUCUUAUGAAGUUUGCUCCUGAUCAGCUGAGGAUGACACCUCUCUCGCCGCAGCCGACGCAAGCAAAAGCUUUGCUGCGCAGUGAAAAGCCUCAUAGACCUAGCACACCUCAGGCAGUAACACCGUCGAUGCCAAGUGGGGGGCGAACUGAACUAAGAAGACGACCGUUGGUUGUCGCCAAUUUAGGACCAAACAAACAAAUUGGUAGGCUGGUUAAUCCUUCUCCAGUUCCUGUUGGCAUGAUGCCCCCGCAUACUCCGCAAUCAGUUAAUAUAUAUCCUGCUGGAACGGCUCCUAAGCAGUUUAACACCCCUGCCGCUACGCCUAGAGCGCCUUUACCACGUCCAAUACUUCCUCAACAGAGAAGUUACCUAGAUCGUUUGGUAGAGUACUUGGUUGGCGAUGGACCGUCGAAUCGCUACGCGUUGAUAUGCAGGCAGUGCGAAUCGCACAAUGGAAUGGCACUCAAGGAGGAAUUUGAGUAUUUCGGAUUCAGGUGUUGUUACUGCAACUUUUGGAAUCCCGCUAGAAAACAAAAACCCUCCGCACCAAGAUUGGAGUACGAUAAUACCCCAGUGCCUCCAGCCAUGCCAAACCUCGACGUUACCCAAACGCCGUCACCAAAAAUCACAGAACGAAUAUCAAACGUCUCAGACACUGACUCUGAUAUAGAAGUUGUUGAGAAGCCUGAAAGUAUGGAAGACAGUACGGAGGAAAAGUCUGCCGACGAAAAAGAGGAAGCACCAGCAGCUAUUGAAACGCCUGAAGUUUCGGUGGCUGAAAAACCUUCGGAUGAUAAUAAAGAGGAGAAGGUAGAGAGUAAAGAAGUGGGUGUAGAAGAUGACACGGAUAAGAUGGAGGUGGAUGGAUCCCCAUAAGAAUGAUAUAAAAUUCUAUUUGUUAACGAAAGUUUUACGUAAAUUUCUAAUCUAACAAAUUACUAGUAAGACAGGAAGGUACGAAAUACCGAAAGGUAACAUCUCUGCCGCGUUAUUGUAUGGUAUGACAAUUUCGUUCGUUUUAACUCAGGUCCGUUAAAAGCGUUGACAAAAAACAAUCCAAUUUAAUACUAAAGAGUGUUUAACAUCGUCACCUCGUUGCUAGGCACAGAUUUGAUCUUGAAUAAACUUCCGUCAGGCUGCAUUUCCCGAGUGUUGUCGUAGGCAUGGUAUAAUUGUAAAUAAUUAUCGCGUUCUUUAUUAUAUUUUUAUCUCAAUAUCGCGACAAAGACUUAUAUACCCAUGCAUAUAAUAUCUUUGCCAAGGUUUUUUAAUUAAUUCAUCGUGUUGUAUUACACUAUUGUAACAGUAGCUGUCGAAAAAGAUUCCCAGGCAGUCUUACGAAAUUAUAAAUAUAUAUAGUUCCCUGUGAUGUUAUUAUUCUAUUAAUAUUUCUUGUUUUUAUAGAAUUGGCGCGAUUAUAUUAAUAUUAACGAUUGCUAUUUGGUUCAUUGUUAAUGAGAAGAUCUCGCAACUUGAAGUCUUAUCUGAAAUCUUUAAUUUUAGGUAAAUAAUAACCGUUAGUCCUAGCACAACGUUGAUUGUUUUACCUUCUCAAGCCUUCCACCACAUUCCAGAAAACGAGGAAGAGCAACAAACUACAAACCAACUGAAAUUUUACGAUUGGUUCGCUCCAAAUUUUCUAAGUUCAAUUCGGAUAUGAUCCAAUCUGCGAGUAUUACCUGUAUUACAGUGAUGUAUUUAAUACUUCAAUUAGUUUGUUUUUCUUAUUAUUUUCACUUUUAAAUCGAAAUAAGAAUCCUUCCUCAUUUACUGGGAUGGCUAUCUUUAAGGUAGAUAUAUCUAAAAAGACUUAUUUUCGCUAUAGCUAAUCUAUAAAUUUCUAUU